AAUCUAAACAGCAGUUGCAAUCAAACUCAGCGUACAAGUUACCACCAUUAGUUCCGUGUUAUUGACUACAUGCUACAGCAACUGCUACAAAUACGUAACCACAGGAUCUUUCCUUUCUAAAGUUCUUCCUUUAAUCUCUCUCAAUGUCUCGCUUCUCUGUAUGUCUCCCAACUCUCCACACAUUCCCACCAUACUUAAAACAUCAUCAACCUCUUCCAAUCCUUCCAACAAUUCCGUUCCACCGUCACAAGAACCGUCAAGUCAAGAUCUUAAAUCAAAACCUAGACAAAUCCUCAACAACGGAAAAAUCUGUAGCAGAUUUUGACAACAGCAAAGGAACGAGUACCCCAAAAGGUUUUCCUCGCAAAUUCCCAAGCAAAGACUUGAAGAAGAAAAUCGCCAUCGCUUCCUUUCUAGGAGCUAUGGGACUUCUUUUAUCUACAAGGCUUCACUUCUUUGGUGUUCCUUCGAAGGAUCAUUGUGCCCAUGCAUUCCCGUCCGAAGAGGCUCAGCACAACGGGAAGCCCACUGUGGUGGAGUUUGAUGCAGAUUAGUUUGAAUUACGUGAGGAAUUAGCUCCUACUGUGCACAAAGUUGAGCAGCAUUUUCAACUGAUGACAAAGUGAGCUUGCACAAGUGAUGACUUCAAUCGAUGCCUUCUGCAAAAUUUCUCUAAUUAUUGUGCUUCUUGUGACCUUUUCGUGUACAAUAAUUUACUAUCUUGAUUCCACUGACAUAUAUCUGAGAACAGGAAAUGGGCGAGCUUUGUUGUUAUGUAGAA